AUGUCUGGUGUUUCGAGCAGCUCAUCGACGAGCGGGCCGGUCGAGGAGGAGGUCGAGGAGAUUCUGUCGAGCGUGAAGCAACAACACCUACACCAAGAUCAGUCACAAACAGCGCAACAACAACCCAGGAGCCAGAUCGAAAUCAGCAGCAUCAGCCAAGCAGAGGUGCCAGCAUCCAGCUCACCUUUGCCAGCAGAAUCACGAACAGCAACAACGUUGGAUGCCACACCAUCCACCCCCCAGCCGAAGUCGACACUAGGGUUGAAGGCCGUUGAAGCUGGGGUCGAGAGUGCUAAAUCUGGGCCGGAAGACGCUGGAGCUUCCGCGGCUUCCUCAUCGUCAGCAGCUCGGGCCACUGAAAAGAGUGCUGUAUCCACUGGGGGAUCCGCUGCAAGAUCCGCUGAAAGUCCCAAUGUUGGGGAUCCGGACUUGCUCGUCUCACCACCUCCUGGAGCAGCCUCUCCAGCGCCUUUAUUAGCAGCCUCCCCAGCGCACCCGCCCGUUGAAUCCCCCAGGCCAGGCCCUCAGUCAGCGCCCCGCUGUAGUGCCGUCGACGGCCAGAUUCUCCACCACCAGCGCCUCAACCUCCAGGACCGUCUUCAGCGUCUCGCAGAGCACGAUCCUCUCUACUACGAUCCCGCGCUGCUCCUUUCACCAUCCGCCCGCGACAAGCACAGUCCCGGCUCCCGCUUCGCCACGCCGACGCUACACAGCAUCUUUGAAAACUUCAGCACCGAGCCUUUUCGCAAAUUGCGGCCCCCCGAGCGCUUUCCCGGCGAGCACGGCGACCCCUACACAGAUCCCCGAGUCCACCCUCUCCACGCCCCCAUUUGCGGCGCCUCCUCCUCCUCAACUCCCGCAACAUCACCACCACCCGCACCAUCAACUUCGACGCGUAGCCGCAUCAACCCGUCAUUCACAGCCGCUGCUGAUUCGUCCGCCACGCCACUCUCUCGUCCUCCCGCCGCGCCUCGGCGAUCCAGUGGCUCCGGCCCUGCCAUCCGUCAGGUCAGAACGUCCCGCAAGGCGCACUUUGUCCUCGAUCCUGCCCCCGAGUUUGGCGUUCCCUCACCUCCCACCAUGGCCAACUCACGCAAGAUUUGGGUUCGCCGCCCCGGCGCCUCGCCUACUCUCAUCACCAUAUCCGAGGAUGAUCUCGUCGACGAUGUCCGUGAUACUAUCCUCCGCAAGUACGCCAAUACCCUGGGCAAGACGUUUGACGCUCCUGAUCUGCAUAUUCGCCUCUACCCUCGCGACCAGAAAGACCGCCUGCUGCAACCCGACGAGCACAUGUGCCGCACCCUCGAUAAUUUCUAUCCCGGAGGUCAGACGGUAGACGACGCCAUUGUCAUUGAUAUUCCCCGCAGAACACCCAAGGCCUCACCGCAUCCGGCUCAACAUGGACACCACUCUCAACAUCAGCAGUAUCACGUCCCCCAUACUGCCGCCGCGAUAUACUACACCGACGAUGGUCGACCGCUGGAGUCUGGCGAAGGCUAUUUCCCUCCCGUCGGAGCUCUGCCCUCACCACAUAUGCCACUCGCUAUGCCAGUUGGCGGUCACCAAUCACACUCUAUCGCCGUGAUCGGAACCGGCCACCUCCCUACCAUCCCAUCUCCCGGAGGGCUACGCCCCCGUAGUCAUCGUGAACAGCCUUCCCGCCCCCGCGUCGGUCGCACGCACACAGCUUCAUCAGCCCUCAACGCAAGCCAUGGUAACUACGGCCACAGCAUGCCUCCCAGCUUGAUUCCCAUACCAAUGGUAUCACCUGGCCGCGAACACAUGUAUGCUUCCUCCGGCCGGGUCGGCAUGUCAUCGCCACGGAUGCUCGAAACCCGAUCCUCGAGCACUCGCGCCAAACGCCGGAAGAAUGUAGACUACAACGGCGGUGGCGUGGUUGCUGCGGUACCUCCAAUCAGCGUACUUAUUGUCGAAGACAACCCUAUCAACCUGAAGCUGUUGGAAGCCUUUGUCAAACGCCUCAGGGUCCGCUGGCAAACGGCUACCAACGGACGAGAAGCUGUCAAGAAAUGGCGAACGGGCGGCUUUCAUUUGGUCCUGAUGGACAUUCAACUUCCAGUCAUGAAUGGUCUCGAGGCCACCCGCGAGAUUCGCCGACUAGAACGAGUCAACUCGAUUGGCGUCUUUUCCUCUGUGCCCACAACGCCCCAAGAGGAGCUUGCCCUCGAGCUCAAUGACAAAGACCGUCUUCCAAAUCGGGCGCAGUUCAAAGGACCCGUCAUCAUUGUGGCACUCACAGCCAGUUCACUGCAAAGCGACAGACACGAAGCCCUCGCGGCCGGCUGCAACGACUUUUUGACCAAGCCCGUCAAUUUUGUCUGGCUUGAGCGAAAAGUAACGGAAUGGGGCUGCAUGCAGGCCCUCAUCGACUUCGAUGGCUGGCGUGCCUGGAAAGACUUUGCCCUUGCCGAGGAGGAAGCUAAUCAGAAGGCAGCGGCUGCCAAGAACAAGGCUAAGAAAUCUCGUUCUUCGCUUGCUGCCGAAAUCUAG